ACCGGCCGCGAGGUCACCUGCUUUGUGCCCGGGGAGGGACACAACCUGCAGGAGCACCACGUGGUGCUGGUCCAGGGCGGCCGCACGCAGGACCUGCCGGGGGUCAAGCUCACCGUGGUGCGGGGCAAGUACGACUGCGCCCACGUGCAGAAGAAGAAGUGA